AUGGCAAGAGAAGUUAAUCGGGAAGUCGCAGAGAAAAGCUUGGCCAACAAGAAGGUGUGCGCUAAUCUGUUGGACGCUCUCUUAUCGAAUAGAUCAGGUAAGCUUAUUAGGGCCGUAGCAGGAGGUGGGAGGAAGCACGAAGGUGGUCUGGCGACCGAUGAAAGUCUGUUUCCGGGGCUUCCCGAUGACAUGGCGCUAGACAUCGUGGCCUGGAUCAGCAGAUCGGACUACCCAACACUGGCCUGCUUGAAUACAAAAUUUAAGUCGUUGAUUGGGAGUGAAUACCUGUAUCAGUUGAGGAGGAAGCUUGGCAUCAUUGAGCACUGGGUUUUCAUGGCUUGUAUCCUCACGCCUUGGGAAGCUUUUGAUCCUGCAAGACGGAGAUGGAUGAGGCUGCCAAGGAUGCCUUGUGAUGAGUGUUUUACUCACGCCGACAAGGAGUCCCUCGCGGUAGGAACUGACUUACUUGUAUUUGGUCGUGAGUUGAAGGGAUUCGCAAUAUGGAAGUAUAGCUUGCUUUCUCGUGACUGGUCGAGGAACCAGCACAUGAACUCGCCCCGUUGUUUGUUUGGCUCGGCCAGCGUGGGGGAGAUGGCGAUUGUGGCUGGGGGAUGCGACCUGAAUGGCGUUGUUGUGCAGUCUGCUGAGGUUUACAACUCAGAGCUGGGAACGUGGCAUCCUUUGGCAGACUUGAGCGGGCCGCGCAAGAUGUGUUCGGGCUUCUUCAUGGACGGCAAGUUUUACGUGAUUGGGGGCAUGUCGAGCAAUGCAGCCAAUUAUCUGAGUUGUGGAGAAGAGUAUGACCUGGGAAAGGGGACGUGGAGGAAGAUAGAGAAUAUGUACCCCGCUGAAUUCGCCGGCGUGAACCAAUCUCUGCCUUCUCCACCGCUGGUUGCUGUAGUGAAUAACGAGCUCUACACCGCAGAUGUGUGUAGAAACGAGGUAAAGAAAUACAGCAAGGCGAAUAACACAUGGAGCGCGGUGAAGGCGUUGCCAAUUAGGGCGGGUGCUGCGAAUGGCUGGGGGAUGGCGUUCAGAGGAUGCGGACGAAGGCUGCUGGUGAUUGGAGGGCCUGGAGUUGAGGCCGCUGUGAUGUACUCUUGGGAGCCCCAGCAUGGAGACCUGCAGGACUGGAAUUUGCUUGCUGUGAAGCAAGGAGCCGGGUCUUUUGUUUACAACUGUGCCAUUAUGGGCUGUUAG